CAUGGAUGACUGCUGAAGACUACUGAAGACUUUUCCAACAUGAGUUCAGAUUCGACAAGAACAUAUGCCGUCCUCAAUCAAACUUGUGUCUAACAUGACUGCGAUUAAUACAUGGCUGAAGAACAAAGCCGAAGACUUGUUCUGGUGGGAAAAACUGGAGUGGGGAAGAGCGCUGCUGGGAACACCAUCCUUGGACGAAAGGCGUUUGUGUCGGAGAUGUGUUCCUCCUCUGUCACAGCCGAAUGCAAAAAAGCUGAAGGAACCAUUGGUGAACGACAAGUUGCUGUAAUUGAUACUCCUGGGCUUUUCGACACAAACAUUAGCCAAGAAGAAAUUGUGGAGCAAAUCACAAAGUGCAUUUCUAUGUCUUUGCCUGGUCCACAUGCAUUUGUGAUCUGUGUACAGCUUGGAAGGUUCACCAAAGAAGAGAAAAAUACUGUUGAAAUUAUCCAGAAAGUCUUCGGAGAACAGGCAGCAAACUACACCAUUGUUUUGUUCACACGCGGUGAUGAUCUAGAGGAUGAUAUUGAGUAUUUCAUAAAGGCAAAUAAAGAUUUAUCAGAGUUCAUCCAGACGUGCCACAACCGCUAUCACGUCUUCAACAAUAAAAUCAAAGACAAGAAACAAAUAGAUACAUUUUUGGAUAAAACUGAGAAGAUGAUACAAGAGAAUGGAGGAAGGAAUUACACCAGUGAGAUGUUCAAGAGAGCAGAGGAGGCCAUCAAGAAAGAGGAGGAACAACGUUUGAGGGAGUUACAAGAAGAAGAGAGGAAGAAACAGGAGAAAGUGCGAGCUGAGAUUCAGAAGGAAGUGGAGAAGUCAAAAGAGACAUUUAGGAGAGAAAUGGAGGCCAUGAAGGAAAGGGAAGAACAACGCAUGAGGGAGUUAAAAAAACAAGGAAAGAGGAAACAGAAGGAAUUGCUCGAUGAGAUUCAGAAGGAAAGGGAGAGGUCAAGUGAGAUGUUAAAGAGACAACAUGAGGCCAUGCAGAGAGCAGGGGAACAACGCAUGAGAGAGUUAAAAGAACAAGAGGAGAGGAAACAGAAGGAAUUCCUCGCUGAGAUUCAGAAGGAAAGGGAGAGGUCAAAUGAGAUGUUAAAGAGACAACAGGAGGCCAUCCAGAGAGCAGAGGAACAAAGGUUGAGGGAGUUAAAAGCACAAGAGGGUCAGAGGGAUGCAGAAAAGCCAAACAGGGACACUGUUGCGAGUGGCGCCACUACAGGGGCAGUAAUUGGUUCAGCCUUCGGACCGGUUGGGACAUUAGUAGGUGCAGGAGUAGGUACAGGAGUAGGUGUAUUAACUGAAACGAUAAAAGCAGUCUCAGAUGAUGCCUGUGUAAUACAAUAAACUGAUAUUGAGGAAUGAGAAAAUACAUACAUUAAACUUUGUAAUAAGUGUCUAGUAAUUUCUCGUACUGCACUUUUCUGGAUCGAGAUGUCUUUGGUUAGGUUAGUCCUUUCAGUUUUGUUUUCCUUUAUAUCGUUCAUAUGAUUUCUCAGAAGCAGAGUGUGACAUAUAAUUAAUUAAACCUCAACCACAGACCCAUAAGGGAGAAGUGCAGAAAGGAGCAAGAGACAUUGACCAAAGCAGUUAGACUUUCCAAGACUUUUUCAACACGAGUUCAUGUCAGACUUUAAGAUCAUUUUGGGACUAAAAUCUCUGCAAAAUGACUGCAAAUUAAAUGUUUUUCAUUAUGAUUUUAAUCCUCAUCUUAUUAUUAUUUUUUAUUUAAUUUUAUGAUUAUUGCAAAACACUUUCUUCAAUAUAUCAUGUGGGAUAUAAUCUGUACAACUUUCUCCUUUUAUAUUUUCUAUUUUUUUUUUUUUUUACAGUUAGCCCUUUAGACUAAAUCUGUAAUGCUUUAACCAUGGGACCUGUACUCCCUGUAACACUGCUGUUCUUCUAUGUACUUCUACCUGUGGAAAAGGUGGUCAGACUGUUAAGCUGUAACUUCUUCCCGUAUUAAUGCAAGAAUAAAAAAAACACAAAGACA